CGUCGCAAAGAGAGCAGUAUACUAGAAAGCUAGUAUCGACCGAACCGAGUGAUUUUUGUGAAAAAAAUCCCGUGUUCGCGCGCGGACAAACGAGAGAUAGUCAUGUCGUCCGACGACGUAUCCGAAAAAAGUAUCCACGUCGAUGGAAAAAAAUUGCAAGAACUCGAGAGCCUGCGCGAAACGAUCGCUAAUUGGCAGUCCCAGAGGCAGCGACGCCAAUUCAUCCGUCGACUUUGGCCUCUGAUCGAGAAUUGGAAUAGCGGACUACCGGACCUCCGAAACGUCUUUCGAAGGGAAGAAGUGGAUCUUCUUCUCCAGGACGCCGUGUACUGCAUGGGCGGCAAACAGAGAUAUCGUCCAGGUGCCGGAUUCAUCGAGUUCGUGGCUCGCGCGGGCUACAAGGACGAGCCCGAGCUUGACAAAGACAGCGGCGAGCCAGUCAGGAAUCGCACCACCGCGAUACAUCGCGCGUCUCUGCGCAGGUUGCCCAACAAGAUCGUCGUGCUCCGCGAGCUCUUCAAAAUAUACGACAGCUACGAUCACACGGACAAGUACGGUCUCACGCACUUCCACGCGGCCUGCAGGCACGGCCUCGUCGACGUGGUCGAGAAAUUUCUGGAGCGCGGCCGCAACGCCGAUUACCUCGGGCCAGGAACCAGGGAUUCGCCGCUGCACUUGGCACUGAGACACGAUCACAGGGACAUGGUCGCGAUGCUGCUGAGGUGGCGCGUGAAUCCCAACGUAGUCGGCAAUUGCCGAGCGACUCCUCUGCACGUCGUUGCCAAAAGUUGCUUCGACGCGGCGGACUUCGCGAGGGAAUUCUUCGAGAUCUACGACGGCACGGAGCAGAAGCUGCUGGUCGACAUACGCGACGAGUUCGGCCGGACACCGUUGCACUUGGCUCUCCAGCGGAAGAACAGGCGGAUGGCCAAAUUGCUGCUGCGCAGAGGCGCCGAUCCGUCUCUGGCCUCCAAGGCCGGAACCACGCCUCUGCACAUCGUCUGCGUGAACAGCUACGACGACGACGGCUUCAGGGACGAAUUCUUCGAGAUCGUCGAACGCGGCCAACCGCGACGGACGCACCGUUCUGCACGCGUUAUGCGACGGGAAUCGCGACGAGGUGGAACUGCUGGGUCGAUUGUUCGAGCUCAGCCGCUACGGGGUGCGGAUAGACGCCAGGGAUAGGUUCGGCAAUACGGC